AAAAGACAGAGCAAAAUAUAUCAAAGAGAUACUUAAACAAAGACAGCUCGAUCCUUUCAUCUUCCUCCUUAAUCCUUCAUCUUCUCUCUCUCACCUACCUCCACCAAUCUCUCUCUCUCUCUCUCUCUCUCUCUCUCUCUUCUGUGAGCCACGACUUUGUUGUGUGUAGAAUACGAAGAAGGAAGAAGAAAGAAAGAAAGAAAGAUUGAAGUGAUAAUUACAACCCACCAACUGAAACCAUUUCUUCAUUUCAACUCUACGCGUCGCUUAGUAAUACCCAAAAGUUUUAAUCUUUUGAGCUUCCCAACAGAAAAGUAUCAUUAAUUACCCAUUUACUAAUCCAAUUUUCUAGUUUUUUUUCUCUUUUUCUUGUUUCCCCUGAAAUUUUUCUUAUUAAAGAUUGAUUCUUUAUAGCCAUUGAUUUGACCUCUCCGUCACUGUUUCUCCUCAUUGUUUUUAAAGAGAGAGUACCCAUCACUCCAAGAUUUGAUUUUUUUUUGUUGUUGUUUAGGAUUAUCCUUUGAGAUAAUGGCAAAAGUACUAAAAUCGAGCCAAUCAUGCCAUUUCCCUUCACCUUCAAGCUCUUCUUCUUCUACAUCAUGUGGUGGCAAUGAUUGUAAUAGAGACCCACAUUCUCCUUUUAACAUUUCUCGAGAGGAAGAGGAAGAAGAAGAAGCUGAGAGAAGCGAGAAAGAGAGAGAAAGAUUCGAGCUUUCGUCUGCAUUGGAGAUUCUUGUUUCUGCUAUUCGAAGGUCUGUGAUUGGUGGCUGUGUUGGCGAAGAGGAUCUUUGCUCAAUGGAGAUUGGUGUCCCUACUGAUGUUAGACAUGUCGCUCAUGUCACCUUCGAUCGUUUCCAUGGCUUCCUUGGCUUGCCUGUUGAGUUUGAACCUGAAGUCCCGAGACGAGCUCCUAGUGCAAGUGCUACCGUGUUUGGAGUCUCUACCGAGUCAAUGCAGCUAUCUUAUGAUACUAGAGGGAACAUCGUGCCUACAAUACUUUUGAUGAUGCAGAGUCACUUGUACAGUAGAGGCGGAUUGCGGGUAGAAGGAAUUUUCAGGAUUAAUGGUGAGAAUGCUCAAGAGGAGUACAUAAGAGAAGAGUUGAAUAAAGGUGUUAUACCUGAUAACAUCGAUGUCCACUGCUUAGCAAGUCUCAUUAAGGCUUGGUUUAGGGAACUUCCUACUGGUGUUUUGGAUUCUCUCUCACCAGAGCAAGUAAUGGAGUCUGAGAGUGAAGAUGAGUGUCUGGAGCUUGUAAGGCUUCUUCCUUCAACUGAAGCUUCUUUGUUAGAUUGGGCUAUCAAUCUAAUGGCUGAUGUUGUCGAGAUGGAACAACUUAACAAGAUGAAUGCUCGCAACAUUGCAAUGGUUUUCGCACCUAAUAUGACUCAGAUGUUGGAUCCAUUGACGGCUCUAAUGUAUGCUGUUCAAGUUAUGAACUUUCUUAAAACACUCAUUGUGAAGACGCUUAAAGACCGGAAAGAAUCUCGAGAUAAGUUGAUUCCAGCCUCAAAUCCAAGCCCUCGGGACCAUAAUGGUGAUCAGAGCAGCAGUAGACAGCUGUUACAUCUCAUGAAAGCUAACAAGGAGGAUACUUUAGACAACUUUGAGGAGGAGAUGAAAGACAAAGAAGAGUCUGCAGAUGAUAAAGAAGAAGAAGAAGAAGAAUCUGCAGAAUCUCCAGAACUUGUUGGUAUAAAGUCUUCUGUGGUGAAAAGCUGUAACAACGGAGGUUGUGGACAGAUACACAAUGGUUGGGAGGAGCAGAGGAAGAAGACUACAACGACCAUGUCUAAAGCAAGUAGUAUUGUGGGACGCGUGAAUUACAGAGUUGAGCUAUUUGAAGCUUGGCGAUGAGAAAAAAAGUGAAUAGUUUGUUGUUUUUGAUCCAACUUUUGGAUUUUCUUGAUCUGGGUUUUGUGGGAUGGAUGAUGCUUUUAAAUUUUGAUGUGGUUGCUUGUGUAUUAAGAAAUGCUACGUUUCUGCAUAUAAUGUCAAAGAAAAGUUUCUGCUUCUCU